CGAGAGAAAGAUAAGGAGAGUGUAAGAAGAAGAAGAAGGAGAUGGGUGUGGAUUUGAGGCAAGUGGUGGCUGGAAUUCUGACCAUUACCAUGUUUGUGAUGCUUGGACAAAUGCUUCAUCGAGAUUACUUUGAUGCUCUUCAGGAGAAAGUUCAAGGAGAUGCACAUGAUAUUGAAUUCCAAGGAUCAAGAGUAGCUGUUGAAGAUGGACUUGUUAGAGCCUUUGAAGGUGGCAAUAAAGGUCCUUGGAUGGAAGAUAGCCAUGAACUUAAACCUUGUUGGUCUAUAUCUCAAUCUGAUGAAGCGGUAUCGUCGAAGGGUUAUGUUACGUUCUCCUUAACGAAUGGUCCUGAAUACCAUGUUUCUCAGAUUACGGAUGCCGUUAUGGUGGCGAAGCAUCUUGGAGCAACGCUCGUGCUUCCUGACAUUAGAGGAAGCAAACCUGGUGAUGAAAUGAACUUUGAAGAUAUCUAUGAUGUGGAUAAACUCAUUAAGAGGUUGGAAAGCGUCGUCAAAGUUGUAAGAAAAUUGCCGAGCCACGUAUCUCUUAGAGAUAUCGCCAUUGUUAAGGUUCCUACCCGAGUUGCAGAAGAUUACAUCAAGGAACAUAUUGAUCCCAUCUUCAAAUCAAAAGGGAACAUAAGAGUUACAACCUAUUUCCCUUCUGUGAACUUGAGGAAAUCUUCGCAGGGUGCUGAAACCGACCCUGUCUCUUGUCUGGCAAUGUUUGGUUCCUUGGAAUUGCAACCUGCAGUGAAUGAACUGGUUGAAUCGAUGAUUCAGCGGCUGAAGACACAUAGCAAGAAAUCUGGUGGCCGUUUCAUAGCCAUAGACUUGAGGGUUGAGAUACUUGAAAAGAAAAAUUGCCAUGAAACAGGUGCUGUGGGAUCCAAAACCUGUUACAACGCACAAGAGAUUGCAUUGUUCUUGAGGAAGCUUGGAUUUGACAGCGAUACAACUAUAUAUCUGACUCAGCCAAGAUGGGAGAGCAGCCUCAAUAUUCUUAAGGACAUUUUCCCGAAAACAUAUACUAAGGAGUCAAUAAUGCCGACAGAUAAGAAAUCAAAGUACCUUGAAUUAGAAAAUUCUGAAUAUGAAAAUGUUAUUGACUUCUACAUAAGUUCAAGGAGUGAUGUAUUUGUGCCAGCCAUUCCCGGUCUGUUUUACGCCAACACAGUUGGAAAAAGGAUAGCUUUAGGCAAGCCUCAAGUUCUCGUUCCAGCCGAGAUCUCAGGGACAUCCGGUGUUCCCACUAAUUACAUCUCUCCCUACAUAUCAAAGAAGAACCACUUGGCGUAUUCAUGCUUUUGCUGAACUUCUCUGAUGUAACUUAUGAGGGAAAUGUUUUGCUAAAGUGAUCUUGAAUCCAAAUUCUGUGAAAUGGUCUUCUCACCAAAUGUAAGCCAAUCUAGUCACCAGUUUUUCUUCCGGUUGUUUAUUGAUAAGUUUAGCUCCAUACCAAUUCAAUUUUUAGUCAAAGUAUUCUGAUUGGGGUGGUUGCCUUGUUUAGGUAAGGAAAGUAAACUGUUGAAGUUACA